AUGUCUGAUGCCACCAAGCUAUAUCACCUUGACUUUGGAAGCAACAAAUUUAUUGGAAGAGUGCCUCCUUUGGAACAUAUGCAUGAUCUUGUACGAUUAAACUUUCAAUAUAAUAAUCUCGGAAUUGAAGAAGCUGCUGACUUGAAUUUUCUCAACUUGUGGGUCCAAGCCACCAAUUUGAACUUCCUUGAUCUGAGCAGCAACAACUUUAGAGGGGUGUUUCCUGAAUCUAUCAGUAAUUUCUCCACUAAUCUUGGUAAACUUCGCUUGCAGAACAAGAAAAUAGUUGGAAGCAUCCUAACCAGAAUGGGGAUUUGUCUACUUAAAGCUACUGAUGGCUUUUCUCCAUCCAAUUUGACUGGUGUUGGUUCGAUGUACAAAGGAAUUCUUAGUCAAAGUGAAAAGACUGUAGCAGUAAAGGUACUAAAUCUUCAAUGUCGUGGUGCUUCCAAGAGUUUCUUUGCUGAGUGUGAGGCCUUGAGGCACAUCAAACAUCGGAAUCUUGUCAAGGUUCUCACAGCAUGUUCAAGUGUUGACUAUCACGGUAACGAUUUCAAAGUUGUUGUUUAUGAGUUUAUGGUCAACGGUAGCCUAGAGGAUUGGUUUACAUGA